UGCUUCAAAAAUUUGCAGGUGUCUUCAGUUGUUGUUCAGGUAAUGUGUCUGCAGUUCUCACAGAGCUGAUUGCCUCCUGGCAUUAGAUACGGAACUGGAAAAGGACCGAGUUCAGAGCUGCAGAUGUAGACCUCGGAAUGGAUGUAGUUGAAGUUGCACUAAUAAGAUCUCAAAAGAAAAAACCAGAAACCCAAAGACUGAAUGUUUUGAAGAGGUGGGAAUAAGAAGGGGACACAGGAAAAAGUACACAAGGAACUUUUAGAGGCAAAAGGAGAACCUAGAAAGUUUAUUGUUCCUGGGUCAAAGGCAAAAAGAACUCCAGGAAGAGAGAGGUGGACCGGCAGCAUUACUGUCAGAGAGUCAAGGAGAAUGGAGACUGGAGCAGUUGUCGGACAACUCACGCCACACGAGCUUACAUAUCCUUGUGACUUGAGGUCAUCCAGGACAUGGCUGCUUGAACUCUUCACUGAUUUGAGCUGUAAUCCAGAAACGAUGAAGAAUGCAGCGGAUUCAUAUUUUUCACUUUUACAAGGUUUCAUAAAUUCACUGGAUGAAUCUAGUCAAGAAAGCAAGUUACGAUAUAUUCAGAAUUUCAAAUGGACUGAUACACUACAAGGACAGAUUCCAAGUGCCCAGCAGGAUGCAGUUUUUGAAUUAAUUUCCAUGGCAUUUAAUGUGGCUUUAUGGUAUACCAAAUACGCUUCAAGACUGGCUGGAAAAGAAAAUAUAACAGAAGAUGAAGCCAAAGAAGUCCAUCGAAGCCUAAAAAUUGCAGCUGGGAUUUUUAAACAUUUAAAGGAAAAUCAUAUCCCAAAACUUAUCACACCUGCAGAAAAAGGAAGGGAUUUAGAGACACGGCUCAUAGACGCUUACAUUAUCCAGUGUCAGGCUGAAGCUCAAGAAGUAACCAUUGCUCGAGCAAUUGAACUAAAGCAUGCCCCGGGACUGAUUGCCGCACUGGCUUAUGAAACGGCCACCUUCUACCGGAAUGCUGAUCAUACUUUAUCCAGUUUGGAGCCUGCAUACUCUGCAAAAUGGAGAAAAUACCUUCACUUAAAAAUGUGUUUCUACACAGCUUAUGCGUACUGUUACCAUGGCCAGACUUUGUUGGCUAGUGAUAAAUGUGGUGAAGCAAUCAGGUCUCUGCAAGAAGCAGAAAAAUUUUAUGCAAAGGCAGAAGCAUUAUGCAAAGAGUAUGGGGAAACCAAGGGACCUGGACCAACAGUCAAACCUUCAGGACACUUGUUCUUUAGGAAGCUUGGAAGUCUUGUGAAGAAUACCCUAGAAAAGUGCCAAAGAGAAAAUGGAUUUAUCUACUUCCAAAAAAUUCCAACAGAUGCCCCACAGCUGGAACUGAAGGCGAACUACGGUCUUGUAGAGCCUGUGCCUUUCACCUUUCCUCCCACGAGUGCCCACUGGACUCCGGAAACACUGGCUAUGUUUGAUCUCACCAAGAGACCCAAGGAUGACAGUGCCAAGCCCAAACCAGAGGAAGAAGUAAAACCUGUGAAAGAGCCAGAUGUGAAACCUCAGAAGGACACUGGGUGCUACAUUUCCUAAAAGGCGCUGGUACAACGGGCCCUUGGAAUGUCUCUACUAGUAGACAAGAGAAACCGUGCACCUUCGGUUCAGAGUGCUUAAGCUCAUUUCUCUGAAGUCUGUAGAAUGAUGCAUUACAAUCAGAGGGACUGUGUUCAGUGUUGAUCUGUUCUUGAUUUUUGAUAUAGCGGGAUGCUUCCUGCUUGGUUUCCAGACUCCUUUUUAAUUAGGACAACAUUAGAAAGAUUUUAUUGUACCUCUAAAGGGUGUCUUUGGGGGUUGGAUCUUUUUUUGAACUUGGAUAGUUUCAGGUUAAUGUAUUAAAGACUAGAAUCAUGUGGUUUCAGAUACAUUCUUCUAUCGUCACAAAAAAGUUUUUCUUUUUUUGACAUCAGAAGAAUGACAGGAAUCAGUUUUUAACAGAGAAUUUUUUUUUUCCUUCCUUCACCAUUAUGUUGAUUGUAGCGUAUACAAAUAGUUCUGAAUCAUUUAUCUUUUCUGGUGGAAAAAAGAAGUCACUUAUGGUUCAGACUGCUCAUACCAAAUCCAUUACAUAUAUUAGAACGAGAACAUAUAAUUUUCUCAACAGUCAGUGUUUAUAGGUGUGUGUUGAGACCAUUUAAGAACUUACUCCUUUACUGGUAGCCCUGUGCCUCAUUUCAGUCUCAAUAAACCUACAGUGACUUUUACAAGUACCUUUUCUAGUGGAUUUUUUACUUAGAAGACAGAACUUUGUAAGAGCUCUUAGUGUUCUGUAUGAGAGAAGACAGAGUGAAAAUGUUUUUUGAAAAAGUGAAGUACUGCAUGAGGUAAAGAAAAAACUUUAAACUCGAACUUAAGAUAGGUUGUUCCGAAUCACACUGAUAACGCUCAACUUCUUUGUUAAGGAAGUUAGAGUGAAACACCUUUGUUACCUGAUUUCCGUGUACCUUGUUUUUCUACAGUUUUGUAAUAUGUGUCUCUUGUCAGAAUUGGAUUGCUUUAGGCUAAAGGCCUUAGGAAAAACUUAGAGAACAAACAUAAUAGGAUCUUAAAAAUAGAUUGUAAUGUUUGAGACAGUAUAUACACAAACGAAAGCCACACAUCUGUAGGUGUAUCUUCUUUUGAUUGUUCUUCUGAGGCUUUAGCGAAUUUUCGUAUUACAAACAGCAGAUUUGUUCACCUAAUGGAAAUAACAACAACAGUAGUAUUUAUUGAGAGCUUACUGUGUGCCAGGCACUGUGCUAGGCACUUAUGUAGAUAAACCAUUGAAUCCACAUGGCAAGCCUGUGAGAAAUAAGUACUGUUAUCCUAAAGAAAAUCUUCGUAAUGUGCUAAGACAGGAAUACACAUUUCAUUAUGAAGAAUAGAUUAUGCAUAUUUGAGUCAAUAUCGUGUUCAAGUAAAUGUUUACUUGACCAUACACUCCUUAAAAAAAGCUACACAGAAUCAAUGGGGUUAUUAAAAUAUACGGAAAUACUAAUUACUUCUUGCAUAACAUUUAAUAUCCGAAACUGCAGUUUCCAGGAUAAGUAAAAUAAUGACUGAACAGACAUUUAAUUUGUCUUGACUUUCUCUAUAGAAAAAAAUAUUAAGGUAUUUUGCGAUUCUUAUUGCAGAAUUACAGUUGUGUUUGCUGUAUGCCAUUCCUGGACAAAACUUCAAACAACACUUAAUGCCGGUGCGUUACUCUCUGCCCGUAGGACCUAUUUAUCUUAGGUAUUAGUGCUUAUUAACGUAGCUACUAAGUGUUCACAUUGACACAUUUGUGGCUCUUACUACCAUAUUGGAAAUGGAAACACAUGUUUAGUGCUUCUGUAAAAUGCAGUAAAUACUGAUAUUACUUUAAAUCAAUAACUGGCAACAAUCGUAUGGGCAGAUAAUAUCCAUUUUACUCCAUAAAUGUGGCACUAUGUGACCAAAAUAUCCCAUCACAUAUAAUAUUCUUUGAAACGGUAUUAGACAUUUUGAAGAAUUAACAAAUGUAAUGAAGUUGCAUGAAGGUUCUGUGGAAAUGUAACUAUUACGUAACUGUGUUAAUAUUGCAUACAUUUAGUACUUAGUUAAAACCAGGUGACAGCUAACAUUUACAUCUGUUAAGAGUAUUUGUAUAAUGAGCUAUGUUUUUAUUUAUGAAAAUAAAAGUAAUUUUACUUAGAA